AUGUCUUUUGUCCUCGCUUCGCACUCUACGGCAAUUCAAGAUUAUCGUAGUAAGUAUGAAAGUACCUUGCCCUUGCCCCCGGAGAAAAUCCAACAUCUUCGAUUGAAAUAUUUUAAGCAAAUAAUUCCGGGGUUUGAGGUUGCUCCUGCACCAAUUAAACAGCCUGAUGGUCCACUACCGGAGGAGCCAAAAAUUUGUAUAAUUGGCGCAGGAAUGGCAGGUUUAUUUUCUGCAUUACUCUUACAAAAGAAUUUUAAAAAUAUCCAAAUUCUUGAAUGUCAAAAUCGUGUUGGUGGACGUGUGCAUACACAAUAUUUUGAAGGCGAUAAAGAACAAAGAUUAUACGUCGAACUUGGAGCCAUGAGACUUCCGGAAACUAAAGAACAUCGACUGGUGUUUGAUACUAUUGAUUAUUUGAAUCAUCGUAUUACUCAUGAGAAAGACAAGAUUCAUGAAAACUUUGAUAAAGGAAUCAAAUUAUUGAUGCAAUUUGAUGAACAUAGUGUUUAUUCAUAUCUCAGAGAAAACCUCGAUAUACCUGAACCAUAUGAUCUCGAUGAAACUAUUGCUGCAAUUGAAAUGACCGAAUCUGCAACCGGAUUAUUUAGACUCGCGCUUGUUGAAGCUGUAAUGGAUGCUUAUACAUUUUUGGCAGAUUCCCAAAAAUGGAAAACAAUUGAUUAUGGAAUGCAACGAUUUCCUGAUGCAUUCAAACUCGUUUACAAGCAAGAGGAGGAAAGUAAUGGGUUAGGGCAUGUAAGAAUUAAGUAUAAUCAUAAAGUUUAUAAAUUGGAAUAUGUGCAUAAAAAUAAUAAAGUUCAUGUACAUUGGAAAGAAAACGGGAAAUCAAUUAAAGAUAUUUUUGAUAAGGUUAUCGUUACUUGUCCGUUGGGUGUUGUCCGACAAUGGGAUUUGUUAGGAUUGGAUAAAAAUGACGAAUUGUAUCACAAGAGACGUGCAAUUCGUGAAUUGAAUUAUGACAAAUCCGCCAAAUUAUUUUUGAAAUUCAAAACUCGCUUUUGGGAAAAUGGAACGAACCCUAUUAUUGGAGGCAGUUCCUCAACUGACCUUCCAAUUCGGACAGUUAUUUAUCCGUCUUACUAUGUCGAUAAUAAGAUUCCAACGGAUAAUCCUGCAAUUCUCCUUGGUUCAUACACCUGGGCAAAUGACGCAGAGAAAUAUGCUCCAUAUUCGCAGAAGGAGAAUGCGAAUCUUUGUGCUGAAAACCUUAAAAUUCUCCAUGGACGUGAAGUUGUAGAGGAAAAUUUAGUAACCGAAGAGUUUUCGUCCAUUUAUUGGCCAAAUGAUACAACAGCCGUUGGAGCAUUUGCACUUUUUGGUCCAGCACAGUUUACAAAUCUAAUGUAUCCAAUGUUAAAACCUAUGAAUAAUAUAUAUUGGGCUGGUGAACAUACUGAUAUUCAUCAUGCUUGGAUCGUUGGAGCUUUGAACUCGGCUGUUAGAGUUGUUAAAGAAAUCAUGGUGCAAUUAGAUAUGGAAAGAAAAUGGAAUGAACUAAAAGAGCAUGAACUAUUGAAAAACUGGCAUGGGAAUGUUAAAAUUUAA